AUGGUCUCGAGCAUCAUCUACGACACGAUCGUCGCGGCCAUCCCGCCAAGCAUCAAGGCGCAAACCCCUGUGCACCUCUUGGCAUGGAGACAUGGCGAAUCACCUCUCUCCACGGUGCCCUCGUUGGUGGCCGCCGUCAUCACAUACCUCGCUGUCAUCUUUGGCGGUCGCGAACUCAUGAAGAACCGCGCUCCUUUCACCACGAGCAUCAAGGUUCCGUUUUUGCUGCAUAACUUGGCGCUCACCCUUGGUUCGGGGCUGUUGCUCGCACUCAUGCUGGAAGAGAUCGUACCCAUCGUGCGUCGUAACGGCUUCUACUACGGCAUCUGCGGCGACGGGGCUUGGACCAUGAAGCUCGAAACGUACUACAUGAUCAACUACUACUUCAAGUACUGGGAGCUCAUCGACACGGUCUUCCUCGUGCUCAAGAAGAAGCCCUUGGCCUUCUUGCACGUCUACCACCACUCGGCCACCGCUAUCCUCUGCUUUUCGCAGCUGCACGGCAAGACGUCGGUCUCAUGGGUCGUCAUCUGCCUCAACCUCGCAGUGCACGUGCUCAUGUACUUCUACUACGCCCUCACCACGCUCAAGAUCCGCUGCCCGUGGAAGAAGUGGGUCACCACCGCUCAAAUCACGCAGUUCGUCAUCGACCUAUUCGUCGUGUACUUCGCAUCAUACAAUUAUUUCAGCUACACUUAUUUCCCGAAGAUGCCUCACUGGGGUACAUGCGCCGGCAAGGAGCACGCCGCUUUCUCCGGUAUCAUCUGCCUCACCAGCUACCUCUUCCUCUUCAUCGCCUUCUACCAGAAGACGUAUGCGAAGGACAAGGCUCGCAAGGCCGCAGCGGCUGCUAAUGCAAAGCUCAACGGAGCCAAAUCGAAUGGCAAGGUCAACGGCAAGUCUCGCUGA